AUGACCACGAUAGUUGGCCACCGCGGGUGUGGCACCAGUGAAGCGGGGGGGACUUCCCCCUACCCAGAAAAUUCGCUUUACUCAUUUAAGAAAGCAGUAGAUGAGAACAUCGACGGAGUUGAAUUAGAUGUGUGGCUAACCAAGGACAAGCAAGUUGUGGUCAUCCACGGCACGGACGAUGGGUUGCUCGGCCACACUUUACUGUACGAUGAAGAUUCGCAACAAAAAUGUAUAGAAGAUUUAACAGCGGAGGAAAUUCAAAGCUAUCAUUUUAAAGAACCGUGGAUUUUAAACAAGGGGAGGCGAUUUUACCAGCAGGGAUCCACCGCGUCAGGUGUAUCAACCGUCGAAAUGGAAAACGUAGCGACUAACCAUACGGAGAGAGAAGGCAUCAUCAGCCACAACGAUAACAACGUCUGCAGUUGCAGCAGCGGGCAUCAUCACCAAGGUGGUCAUUCCCACGGACUGCGUGUGAAAACCCUCGUGAAAAAUGAAGAGGAACAGGUAAAAUUCGCUACCCUCAGUAGAUCCGAAAAAUUAAGGAAAAAAAUGGAGUACGCGGAUUAUGGGCAGCCCUACAUAAAUAUGGAAGAAAAUGAAGAGUUGGAAAAACUGUUUAACGAAGGUUCUCUGCAGGGUUCGUUUUCGGAGGAGGGGGAGCAGUCAUCCCAGGGGGAGGAGCAGCCAUCCCAGGGGGGGGAGGAACCCACGUACGAACCGCGCCAAUCGCGCAGAGAGCGAAGAAACGCCCGCAUGAGCGAACAGCUGCUGGAGGGAGAAUUCAUCAACUCCAUAAAGUGCAGCUUCUGCAAAGAGCUCUACACAGGAUACGUAAUGAAAAAAAACUACACCUUGAAGAAAAAAAAAAAACUCUUCAAAUUUCUGUCAAAAUUUUACCACGUGCCGCUUCUAAAAGAUUUACUAAAUCUGUAUAAGGACAAACUGACCUACGACAUUGAGCUGAAGGGGACAAAAGAAGACUUGGGGGUCCACAUACUAGACAUGCUGGAGAAUUACAAACAGUAUAAAUUUAAAUUUAGCUCUUUCAAUUGGGUGCUGCAGGAUGGGCAGAUGGAAAAGGGGAGUGAGCAGGAAAAAACCGACUUGCUAAAACCCCUCCGAAACAACAAGCUGAACAUCCCCGUUGCGCUGCUCUUUUCCGACGAUGAGGUAAUGCCAAAUUUUGUCUCCAUCCUCUCCACCAUGAAGUACUAUAAUGCCGAGUGGGCCCACUUCUCCUAUCGAUCCUUCAUGCGACCAGUCGUCAUGAAUGGAAAUAAAAGGAACAAAAUUGUUACGUCAGCCAACCACUUCAUCGAGAUGCUACAUAAUAAUAAAAAAAAAAUUAUGAUUUAUUGGGGCACUGAAGAUAAGGACGAAUAUGAAGACCUUUUGCUUUACAUAAAGAUGGGCGUGGACUCUAUAUGCCCAAAUAAUAUAGACGUUGCUAGGCAGGCCCGUUUGCACGCUUCCUCCGAGUGA